AUGGAUCCACCACCUUCUAUUGAAGAUCAACCAGACGCGUCGGAUCUGGACCUCACCUGGGACUCAGAUCAAGAUUAUGAUGAAUGUGUAUACUACCAUGAAGAAAGUGAUCUGUACGCGGAAGAUGUCGACGGUCAGCUGGCGGUACUACCAGAAGUGCCUGUGACGACGGAAGAUGUGAAGAUCGAGGACAUUCAGCUAUGUGGAUCCGAUAACCAGCCCCCAGAAGAAAUUGAUCGACUUCGCCAAAGGACCUGGAAGUUCCGACACCUCUUGAUCGGCAAAGGAAAUGCCCUUCCGCCGGUGGCUAGAAGUGUGGUGUGCGAUAUCGAUGUCGGGGGAGCGAGACCUAUCGCCCUCAAGUGUCGUAAGUUGCGGAUCCAGUUCAGGGAGAAGCUGUCGGACUUGAUCAAGGGUCUAUUGUCCGCCAAGAUGAUCAACUACUCUAGAUCACCGUGGGCUUCCCCGAUCGUGGUGAUCAUCAAGAAGAAUGGAGUGGACAUCAGGUUGUGCAUCGAUUACCGGCUGGUUAACAGUCUAACCCAGCUGGUGAUCUACCCAAUGCCCUUCAUCAACGACCUACUUGAAUAUCUGGUGUCAACACUCUGGUACUGUUCUUUGGACAUAGCGAGUGGAUUUUGGGUAGAGAAAAUGACGGAUCGUGCUCGUUUGAUCUCGGCUUUUAUCACUCUUUUUGUUUUUUUUUCGAGUGGAAUCGAAUGCCUUUCGGCUUGA